AUGAAGUACAACUAUAAGUUUCAAAAUUUACUCGGGACUGUAUACCGGCGUGGUGAUAUUAUAUUUACAAAUGAUGGAAAUUGUGUAAUAAGUCCAGUUGGUAAUAGAAUUACUAUAUAUAAUCUUAAACAAAACAAAUCAAGUACAUUGCCAAUUGAAAGCCAUUAUAAUUAUACUGCAAUUGAUGUUUCUCCAAAUGGAUCUGUUUUACUGGCAAUUAAUGAGCAGGGUGAGGCUCAAAUGAUAAGUUUGAUAACGUGCACAGUAAUACAUAGAUACAAGUUCAAGCAGCAGGUAAAUGCUGUCAAAUUUGAUCCAGAUGGAAAACAUUUUGCUGCAUGCUGUGAUUCCACAGUGUUUAUCAUGUCAGCUCCAUGUGUGUUUACUGGUGAAUUUCGUUCAUUCAUACUAAAGCGAGUAUAUAAAAAAGCCCAUGACGAAGUCACCUGCUUAGAUUGGUCGGCAUGUGGUAGACUGCUGGCUGUUGGCUCCAAAGACACAUGUACCAAAAUAUACACUUUAGACUACUUGGAUAACAUCAAUAUGUACUCGUUAAGUGGGCAUACGGACAAGAUAGUGGGCGUGUUCUUUGAGAAGAAGAGUUUAGAUUUAAUAACAGUGAGUCGUAACGGGCAGGUCUGUUUGUGGGAUGCUAGUAUAGAUCCAGAUGAUCUCAUUGUGUCUGAGGUACAGAUUUCACACCAGAAACGAAGGAAAAUCAAAAAGGAGGAGGCUUUGGUUGAAGACGAUAUCAAUGAAAAGGAUGAGGUUGAAAAAGAAAAGGAAUAUGUAAGUGAUGAAGACGAAGAUAUGAAACCGGAAACAGAAGUGAAGGAGGAAGUCAAAAAGCUGCAAUACAAGAAGCUAGGACGGCAUUAUAUUGGGGACGCGAUACGGAAAGCUAAUUGCAAAGUUAGAUUAACAGCUGCACAGUAUCACAAGGGCACCAGGGUGUUAGUUACUGGUUUUUCAAAUGGAAUAUUCUUCCUCCACGAGAUGCCAGACGUAAACUUAAUCCACACACUCAAUAUAUCCGAACACAGGAUAAGCAGUGUUGCCAUGUCCCCCCAGGGAGAUUGGGUUGCGUUUGGGUGUCCUAAUAUUGGGCAACUCUUAGUUUGGGAAUGGCAGAGUGAACAGUACGUAAUGAAGCAACAAGGUCACUCGUUAGACAUGACCUGUCUUACCUACUCCCCGGACGGUCUCUACAUAGUCACAGGGUCGUACGACGGCAAGAUCAAGAUAUGGAACACGACGUCAGGCUUUUGCUUCGUAACGUUCUCUGAACACACGUCGUCUGUCACAGAUGUCGUGUUCAGUACGAACAAGAAGUUCUUCGUGUCCUCGUCUUUGGACGGGACGGUUCGCUGCUAUGAUCUGACAAGGUAUCGUAACUUCCGAACGCUGACGUCUCCCAGCUUAGUGCAGUUCAGCUGUGUGGCCAUAGAUUCCAGCAGUGAGCUGUGCGCGGCUGGCGGGCAAGAUGUUUUCGAGAUUUUCCUCUGGUCUGUCAAGUUCGGGAAACUGUUGGAGGUGCUUGGUGGUCACGAAGCACCUGUGUCCAGCCUCUCAUUCAGUCCAGUGCUCUCGAGUUCGCGUCUCGCUUCCGCCUCCUGGGACAAAACCGUCAAGCUCUGGAACUCCAUUGAAAGCAGUUCUGAAUGCGAGACUAUCCAGAUGACCAGCGACGCCCUUCAAGUCACUUAUCGACCUGACGGGGAGGAGAUAGCGGUAUCAACAUUAGACGGCAACAUAAGCUUCUUCAAUGUGACUACUUGUGAUCAGACUGGAAGCAUCGAGGGUAGAAACGAUUUGGGUUCGGGCAGAGCUGAUACAGACUUGAUAACUCCGGAGAAAAUGCUUAAAACUAAGGCGUUCACCACAAUAUGCUAUUCGGCUGAUGGUUCCUGUAUUCUGGGUGCUGGAAAUUCUAAGCAUGUAUGCUUGUACAGCGUGAAGGAGUCUGUAUUGAUAAGAAAGUUCGUAAUCACUCAGAAUCGAUCCUUGGAUGCUGUUAGUGACGUGAUAAAUCGUCGUUUCAUGACUGAAUUCGGCAACAUGGCGCUAGUUGAGCAAAGAACUGAGCUGGAAGGUGGAGACGUGAACAUUCGUCUGCCGGGCGUCAAGGCUGGAGAUAUGGCAGACAGGAAAGUUAAACCGGAGAUUCGAGUCCAUUGCGUGCGUUUUUCACCAACCGGCGAGAGCUUCGGUGUAUGCGCAACGGAAGGUCUUUUAGUCUACAGCCAGAAUGCGGGCUUCGAUGGAACUUUCAGACCGUAUCGUCUUGAGAGCAGUUCGACGCCUUUAGCUGUGAAAUCUAUGCUGCAGGAGAAGUCUUGGGGCUCCGCCCUUAUCGCAGCCUUGCAAUUAAACGAACACGUCAUUAUACAGGAGUGUGUGGAGUCAGUGCCACCUAGUGAUAUUGAGCUAACAGUAUCGAAUCUAGAAGAAGACUACUCGCACCGUCUACUGAAUUCGUUAGCCCGUCUUCUAGAAGACAGUAGACACAUUGAGCAUCUCUUGAUAUGGGUCAGGUUCCUCCUCAAUAGACACAAGAAGGUGCCUCAGACUGUGUUACUGGCGUUGGAGAAGGUGCUAACUGUCAAAUAUGGACAGUUGAGUAAGAUAUGCGAGUUCAAUAAAUACACAAUUCAGUGUAUAAAAACGGUCGGCGCUUUGAUUCCCAAACAAGACAUGAACGUUUCCUGCGAGAGCGAAGCCUCAAGUGGACUCGGUACUGCGUCAGACUCAGAAUAA